GUCCUGCCCUCAACAGGCUUGUUUCCAUGCUCCUGCAGGAACAUGGACGCCUUUUCUGUUGUGCUCUGUAUUGCUUUUGUGUUUUAUCUCGUUACUUUUGGAUCGUCAACUUGUCUGAAUGGUUGCUCCUGCGCCAAUGAGACCCUGGGAAGGUCUUUGAUUUGCAUGGAAACCCCAAUGAGUCAAAUUCCAGAGGACAUCCCACAUUAUUUCACAAAGAUCCGGGUGGAAAACUUCCACCUGAUGGAGCUACCUCGAGGAUCCUUCUCCAAAAUGGGUGCCUUGGCGUUCCUGUGGCUCAAUUUCAAUGACAUCACCCUGAUGAACAUCAAAAGCCUCGAGGGAUUAGUCAACCUGAACGAGUUGCGGCUGCAGGGCAAUAAGCUGACUUCGGUGCCUUGGACUGUAUUUCAGGACACACCAAAACUUAAAAUUCUAGACCUGAAACACAAUCGUCUAGAUGCCCUACCAGAACAUGCCCUGAGACACUUAUCGGUGCUGAGCUACUUAGAUUUAUCCUUCAACCGGUUUAGUGUUAUAUCAAAAGAUGUGUUUAUGAACUGGCCCCUCUACCAGAAAAUAGAGAGAGUCUGGGCGAAGGAGGGAUCAGUCUCCAAUGUGGUCUUAGCGCUGCACAACAACCCUUGGCUCUGCGACUGCCGCCUCCAAGGCUUCGUAGAGUUCAUCCGAUCAGUCGCCCCUCCCGUCGUCCUCAUGAACUCGUAUUUGACGUGUUCGGGCCCCGUCUCUAAAGCGGACAAGUUUUUCCACAAGAUCCAGUUGGAAACAUGCACAAAGCCUGUGGCCUCUGCACCGGAGACGAACAUCAGCGUACCUCCCGGAACCAAUGCCACGCUGUCGUGCUUAGUCAAGGCCAGGCCGAGCCCGACCAUUGAGUGGAUGUACAGUCACAAGAUACUAAGAGGAUUUACCGCUUUUGUGACACCCAUCGACGAAGAGACCGUCAACUCCACUCUGGUGAUACCCUCGCUGCACCUAGCAGACGGAGGACUCUACACCUGCCUGGCCAACAAUUUCGUCGGCAACUCCUCCGUCAGCAUUGCAGUGAACGUCGGCGCUUUGAGUAUCUUCGCCCCUCACCCGCCACCUUCGCCCAUCCUCUACCCCGACGAGAACCCCUACAUUGACAUCCGCAUUGCCAAGCAGACAGUUUACGGCAUCAGCCUGGUGUGGCACGCCACCACCGACACCCCGGCAGAAACCCGGUUCACCGUCCACUUCGGCAAGUACGACUCGACCAAAAGGGAAACCGUCUACAUUGGACCGGGCAUUAACAGCUACUCAGUCAGCGAUUUGCUUCCCGUUACCAAAUACGAGGUGUGCGUGACCCUUAAGAACCAUCCGCCACAGGAGGGCCAGUGUGUCGUCUUUGUGACAGGAAGUGACGUUAGGGAAAUGGAGCAAAGGGAGCGUCUGAUCCACAUCGUCGUCGUCGUGUGCGCCAUGGCGCUGGCUGUGCCGGUCGGCAUGUACGCCUGCACCGCGGAGGCACGCUUCAGCUGUGUGGUUUGCUUCGGGAAUCUCUGGAAGAAGUGGCGUUGGUGGUCUCACGAUGGGAAUCCACAGGAGGCCGAGCGACAGGGGACUGGGCAUCGGGGGCCCAACAGUCAGGAAGCCUUCGACAGCCUGCAGGUGGCCAGUGAUGAAGUCCUGUGCAGGCACUUGCAGGAAAAAGCUGACAACAAAUGCAACGGAGGAAGUGUGGCCUAUCUGUACUAAAUCAACAACUCCCAUCCAUCCAUUUUGAGGAGCGCUUAUCCUGUUGAGGUUCUCGCGGAACUGGAGGCUAUCCCGGCUGACUUCGGGUGCACUGGACGGGUCGCUAUUCGAUCAGAGGGCACAUUUUGAGACGGACAACCAAGCAAACCAUCAUUCUUCUUUAUUUUCAGGAGUGUUUGUAUUAACUUCUUCAUGUUCGUAUGGAUUUGUGUUCAUUUUUUAUUUGGAUACCAAAUGUAUAUAUAUAUUAUCACUUCCUUUGAUUUGUAUUUAUCUUCUAAAUAAUGUACAGUAUGUCACAUUCCUGGAUUAAAAAGAGAACG